AUGUCCAUUAAUCAAUUAUGUCGAGUUUUAUAUCCAACACGAUUAUUAUUUAAAACAAAAAAAUGGAUAUUAAUUUGUUGUGGCAUUCAAUGGUUUUUAGCAAUAAUAGCACCUAUUCCUUUGAUUACUCGAUCAGCUGAGACAUGUGAAGGGUUUAUAACACGAUUUAUAGCAGAUAUAUACAUAUUAAUUAUUGUCAUUAUAUUUCCAUGUACUAUAAUGAUAGUCGUUCAUUUGAUUAUAUUUCUUCAUACAUGGUCAUCUGGUCGACGUGUGGCUCCAGCAGGGAAUAUGUUAGCAAGACAAACAACAUCUCAACCUGUUUUUAACGAUCGAGAAAAAAGUCUUUUAAAGCAUAUUAUUGCUAUGAUGCUUGUAUAUGUUAUAGGUUGGAUUCCACUUUAUAUUUGUCGAAUAAUUUAUGGAAUUCUAUUUCAAUUAACAUUGACAUUUAAAAUUUUAACAGCUUUGCCUAUCAUUAGUGCUUGGAUUAACAUUAUGAAUAUGUUCAUGUACCAUCAUGAAUUUCGACAAUAUGUUAAACAACACGUUUCCCGAAUUAUCAAAGGCCCUCCAGCACAAGUGACUACUAUUGCUACUACUACUACACGAACAUAA